GUAAUUCGAAGUAGAGAACAUAAAGUGACUUCAUAUUUGUAUGAAGGAGACGUGUAAAGCCUUAUAGUCAUGAGCACCCGACCUCUCAUCCUAUCCAACACUUGAUGCUGUAAUCAAAUGAAAGAAGCCUCCAAACUCUAUACUGAUUAAUCCUACCGACAUAAACUUGUUUUCUUUUACUCUUAACGCAACACACAACUUCAAUCACCCUGCCUACUUCGUUGUUUUAACCCAUUGCUAAGCAAACUCACUACCACCUAUCUGCUUUAGCUUCAUCACCAUCAUCAACACCCCAUCUCUCUCUCUCUCUCUCUCUCUCUCUCUCUCUCUCUCUCUCUCUGUCUCUCUGUGUACCUGAAACAAGAUAGCUAGGAUAUAUGAAUGUUCUCUUGCACCUGAAAAUGUACCUUCUUACCUAAUUUCAUACUCACUUCCCAUCUCAACCCCACACUCCAUAAAACCCCCUAAUUCCCUUCCAUCCUUCACCACCACAACCUCUACUACUCUCUUCUUCACUUUCCCCACUUCAAACCAGUACUAGUAAGUAAUUACAUUACCAACAAAAACUCCAUAAAAAUGUUGAACCACCUUCUACUCAUUAUCACCUUCCUCUGCUUCCCCACAGCUUUUGCUCAGUCUCCAGCACCGCCUCCACAACCUCCAGCAGCUACUCAGUCUCCAGCACAACCUCCCCAAGUCCCAGCCACUCAGUCUCCACGACCAUCAGCACUAGCUCCACAAGUCCCACUAGUCCAGUCUCCACCCGCACAACUGGCACCAGGUCCUGCCCCACCAGGCCCACCCAACAUCACCGCCAUCCUCGAAAAGGCCGGUCACUUCUCUACAUACAUUCGGCUACUAAAGGCCACCCAGAUUGACAACCAAAUCUACAAACUCCUCAAUGACUCCAGCCAAAGCCUAACUGUGUUCGCCCCAUCUGACAAUGCCUUCGGCAACCUGUCAACUGGUACUCUCAACUCCUUCUCAGACGAACAAAAGGUCCAGCUGGUGAAAUUCCACGUCAUCCCAUCUUUCCUUUCGGUUCCUGCAUUCCAAACAGUGAGCAAUCCGUUGAGCACGCAGGCUGGAAGUACUGUUCAGUACCCGAUGAAUGUGACCACGGCCGGGAAUCUGGUGAACAUCAGUACCGGGAUUGUUAACACCACAGUGACUGGCACGGUGUAUUCCGAUAACCAGCUGGCGGUGUAUCAGGUGGACCGAGUGCUGCUUCCGUUGUCCUUUUUUGUCUCUCUAUCACCAGCUCCCGCACCAUCAAAGCCUGAAAAGAAGGCUCCGUCUCUGGCAGGCGACGAGUCCACUACUAGUACCGAUACGUCGGUUCAGGCUUCCGGUGCAAUGCCGGUGAAUCACCACCCUGCACUCAAUGUUGCAGUGUGCUUCGCAGGUUUUCUUAUUGCAGCAUUGUGUUUGUCUUUGAGUUGAGAGCUUGUCUUUGAGUUGAGAGAUUGUUGAUGAUGAUUUGAUUUGUACCAAUUUUUACUUAAAUAAUUCUUUUGGCUAAACACUGUCCUUGCAGCACCAUAUGCUUCUCUUCAUGUAUAAAAGCACUGCAAACCUCUAUCUAAUAAUAUGAAGUAACAACAAUUCUAGUUACUCAUAAAAUUUAAUCAAAACUUUAAUCAGAAAAGUAGAACGUAGGAUAUAGAUUCGAAGUUAGUGUUAUGUAUCAUAACUAAAAUGAAUUUUCUGAACAUAUUUUAAUUCUAAGUGAAAUUGGGGGUAAAUAAAAGAAACCAUGAUGUCAUUUUACAAGUAGUUUGCAGGUUUUUAGAGAGACUUCACCAAUUUUUCUCCUCCUUAUCCCACCCCUUUGGCAUUACACAAACUCAAUCCACCAAUAUGACCAUAGGGGAUAAAAGAGCAACAGAAAAAAAAAAGCAACAAUCGGUGACGACCUUCAAUAAACCGCUCCUCUAGCUUCUACCACUUCCAACUUAACCCACUCUUCCUAGUAGAAUUAACCUUGGCUUUUUUUGAGAACUAGCUAAAAAGUUAGUUUAUUAACUAAAAAUAAGCUAAUAAAAAAGUUAGUACUGAGAAAAGCGGGUUAAUUAGCGUCUUACUUUUCUAACCACUUUUUAUUGUGGCUAAUGUUGACUUUUUCAUGAGAAACGAGUAUUGCAAAAUAGAUUUUUUUUUUUUUAAACCAAUCAAUUCCCUUUUAGAGGUGGCCAAAGGAAACAAAAGAAACUAUGUGCUUUACAGCCUCAUUCUCAAAUUCUUUGCACUCAGACUUCUGACCUUCUUCAUAACCCACUCUCAUACCUCAAACCUUUUGCCCAAAUCUCAAGACAGACCACCUUCCUGAAAAUUACCCACCUUUUGGUUGAUUCUCCCCUCCACCUCCUCGUGACCCACCAACUCCUUACAGUGUCAUCUCCAACUUAGAGUGCCUGCAUCUCUUACCAUGAAGAAUCUUAAAUGCAACAUUGAUCAGUCAUCAUCAACAUCUUUUCAUCCUUAAAAUGACUUGACAUAUGAAUAAAUCAAAUAUGAAUGUUUUUUCAUCAAGAAAAUUCAUGAUGAGAAAGUGCUAAAACUAACACAAUGUUCCUUAGAAUCAUAAUAUUUAUACCGCAUUUUAUUGCGGUACUAUUUGUGGGAUAAAGAGUGAGGGGAUAAUUGGGCCACCAAAUUAUUUUGUCCAUUGUUUGUUUGUGGGAUAAGCAGAAGGGAUAAGGGGUAGGAAACAUCUGGGUCUCACAUGUUUUUAGUUCAAUGUUUGUUUUACAUGGUAUUAACUCUGGAUAACUUUAUCCCAUGAUAUAACUUAUCUUGUAAAAUCUUAUGAUAAUCUUUCGUCUUAUCUAAUCCCAUAAUAUAACUUAUCUCUCACAAUCCUAUCAUAUCUAAUCCCAUUAAAAACAUUUGAAAAUCAAAGGCUUAGGAUAAUUAAGGUCUUCCCUAUUAUUAACACAACCAUCUUUGUUAUAUUGUUGUGCUCCAACAAGCUUCUUCCCCACAUCUUGUAAAUGUUGUCUCAAUAACACUGAAUAGACUACAAAAAAAACACAAACAUUCAAUAAUUCACAAAAGCAGAAGAUUGCUCAUUAGAAUUUCAAAUUUUAAGGUACAAAAAAAAAAAAAA